UGUGUAGUGCGCAGCUGCUAGGUUACAGCGCGCUAGGCGACACUCCCUCACUCCGCCGCGAGCUGACCGACUGAUGGUUUCACCGGAACUUCAGCCUGUGCGGCUGUCACACUUUUAAAUAAGGGUUCGGUCCAACAUGGCGACAGACGGAUGGAAAUACUGAUGACAGUCCGAAAGAUCGCCUCGAUUUGUACGAUGGGCGCCAAUGCCUCUGCUUUGGAGAAGGAGAUUGGACCGGAACAGUUCCCUGUUAAUGAACACUACUUUGGGCUGGUCAAUUUUGGCAACACCUGCUACUGUAACUCAGUGCUGCAGGCCCUGUACUUUUGCCGGCCCUUCCGGGAGAAAGUGCUGGCCUAUAAGAUCCAGCCACGACGGAAAGAGAGCCUGCUCACCUGCCUGGCUGACCUCUUCAACAGCAUUGCAACUCAGAAGAAGAAAGUGGGAGUCAUUCCACCAAAGAAGUUCAUCUCCAGGUUGAGGAAGGAAAAUGAGCUGUUUGACAACUACAUGCAGCAAGAUGCACACGAAUUCCUCAACUACUUGCUCAACACCAUUGCAGACCUGCUACAGGAGGAAAAGAGCCAGGAGAGACAGCAGAAUGGAAAGGUAGUACAGAAUGGUGGAAGUGUAAGUGGAGGAGGAGGUGGAAGCGGUAGCAGCACAGGAGAGGCUGAAACGGAGGAAAAGACCCAGCAGACAUGGGUGCACGAGAUCUUCCAAGGCACACUGACCAAUGAGACGCGGUGCCUGAACUGUGAAGCGGUGAGCAGUAAAGAUGAAGACUUCCUAGACCUUUCAGUGGAUGUGGAGCAGAAUACCUCCAUCACACACUGUCUUAGGGGCUUCAGCAACACAGAGACCUUAUGUAGUGAAUACAAGUACUACUGUGAGCAAUGCAGAAGUAAACAGGAGGCUCAGAAAAGGAUGCGGGUGAAGAAAUUACCCAUGAUCCUUGCCCUGCAUCUAAAGCGCUUUAAGUACAUGGACCAGAUACAUCGCUUUACCAAGCUCUCUUAUCGUGUAGUCUUCCCUCUGGAGCUGAGGCUCUUUAACACCUCUGGUGAUGCUACCAACCCUGAUCGAUUGUACGACCUGGUGGCUGUAGUGGUGCACUGUGGGAGUGGUCCGAAUCGAGGUCAUUAUAUCACUAUAGUGAAGAGUCAUGGCUUCUGGCUUCUGUUUGAUGAUGACAUUGUAGAGAAAAUAGACGCCCAAGCAAUCGAGGAAUUCUACGGUCUGACAUCGGACAUCUCCAAAAACUCUGAGUCAGGGUAUAUACUCUUCUACCAGUCUAGAGACUGAGCUGGAAAGAGUGACUGAAAGAAUGGGAGCGUGUGAUCUGUGAGGGUCCGGAUCAGGCAGAUAGGGAGGCUUGGGCUUUGUUGACACAGCUCGCCCCCUGCUCCAUCCCCUCUCAGUCAAGUCCCUUUUCAUCCAGGCUUAUCAGUGGAGCUUCAGUCAGGCCUCAGACAGGAGCAGUCGAUGCCAGAGUGACCUGGACACAGCACAGUAAUCACCAGGCAGAAGAAAUCGCCGUCUGGUUCACUCGCCUGCUUUGUGUUGCUCAGCACACACAAAAACGCACAUACACAUGUGAAAUGAGCUACACAUACGUCUCGAUGGCCUGAGAAUGGACAAUGUACAAAUUUUUUUUUUUCCACCACACGGAGUCACAAGGUUCAUUUUGAUAUUCUGGUUUACUUCACAUUCGCUGGGCGGUGUCUUGAUUUGUGUUUUGGCUCAAUAUCACGAUCAGUCCAGAAAGCCGCACGGCGGUUCUUCACCCUCAGAUGUUGAUCUGCAGUGUCAAACAUGACACAUCAUGCUAUGUCCAUGUCAACCAGCUAGUUAUAAAUGUGUUGAAUGCAGAACCAGUGGCUCAUGUUGUCAUUGUAGUAGAGCUGCUCCACCUGAAUGGAUGAAACUGAUCAGGUUUAAAUUAGCUUGAAGGGGAUGAGCAUUUUUUGGUGUCGAGAACCUGACAGGUGAUUUUAUGUAGGGCCUGUGGAUUGAUGGGUGCUCUGCUUUUUUUUAUGCAGAGAGGAUUGUGGAUACCAGAGUAGUGCUUGUAUAACAGAUGUAGCUUGGCUUAAGAAUGCUCUAUCAGUAUUCGAUGAAUGUAAAACAUUCUGCCAGUUCUUGUGCACUGCAAGUGAGUGUACAGCUUGAUUGUGUCAUAUAGUGCACACUUAGUAGUGCACUAACUGUAAAGCGUAAAAGAUGGAGAUAGAAAUUAGGGCUUUAUAUUAUUCUGAAUUCUGAAGUCGUAUUGAAACCAAAAGCUGCACACAUUUCCAAUCAUGUUUCAUGAACACUGUGGCGCUGUGAGAUUGUCUGAAAUGAAUGUGGACUCAUUCAGUUUACCCAUUAAACAGUAGAAAUGCUGGAUAAUUCAAACAUAAUGUGGCUCUGCACUCUAUUAUAAAUUCUCCUGAUUCAUUAAGCCGAUUGAAUUGACUGCAUCUAUUCUGUUUAAUCUCAGUAACUCUUCUCUAGAUCUCUAUAGUCUCCUCUGCCUUCUUAAUUAAUAAUGUUUCAACUCCGUAUAGACCUAGAUGAGAAGUGAAGCACAGCCAGUGCUCACAUACAGUCUUAGAUCUGUCUGUAAAUGUCGAGUUUAAGCUGCGACUUGGUUUGGUUAUAGUUAGAUUGGUUAAGGGGACUCAGUAAAAGAUGUUGCACGGCCAGAAGAAUAAGCCACAUAGCUAGUAAAUAUUACAAGACAACUAGACCACCCUGCAAUUAGUCAAGAUUUAUAGGCAAAAAACAAACACACCCAACUAAACUAGGUAUUAUUUUCAUGUGAGGAGAAAAGUACAUAAUAGCGAGGUACCUCAAAAUACUGCAGUUUUGCUUUGCUUUGAGUUUCAAACACACAGUUGCCUAGCCUGUUGUCCUAAUCUACUUCUCUCCCAACCCUAUAGUUUUGAGGCUAAAAUGGAUGGUAUACGAUUGAAAAGGUGUUUUUUUUUUUUUUUUUUCAGGUUUCCUUUGUAAACUACACUGGCUUUAUUUGGUUGUUGGUUUGACAAAAAUGCGCUUUAAUCUUUGAGGGGUCAAAACUGACAGUGCUGCUGGUUAUUAUUCCAUUCAUCCUGUAAAGUCUACUUUGUAUCAGUGGAUGUGUGGUUUAAAGUCUCUUGACAUUGUUAUAAAGCAUGUGUAAAGGUCUUAUAAACAACACAUAACAAUGUCAGUAAAGAGGUUUAAGCUUCUUGCGGGUCAGUUAACCUGCUGGCAUUGCGUUUCUUAAGAAGACUGAGCUACCGUAUUUUCCGGACUAUAAGUCGCACUUUUUUUCAUAGUUUGGCUGGUCCUGCGACUUAUAGUCAUGUGCGACUUAUUUAUCAAAAUUAAUUUGACAUAAACCAAGAGAAAUGAACUAGGAUAAAACAGUACCAUCUACAGCCGCUAGAGGGCGCUCUACGCUGCUCAGUGCUCCUGUAGUCUACAAUAAGCAUCAUAUAGCUCCCUCUCGUGGCUGUAGACAGAAAUGUUUUCUCCUGGUUCUUGGGUCUAAAUAAAUGCGACUUAUAGUCCAGUGUGACUUAAUAUGUUUUUUCCCUCAUCAUGACGUAUUUUUGGACUGAUGCGACUUAUAUUACGGUUCGACUUAUAGUGCGAAAAAUACGGUAUAUUUUGAAAUAAACUGACAUAUGUUGCCAUGUCAUGUAAAUUACUCAUUUACACAUGCUAUGUAAGAGUGUUUGUAGAUGUGUUGUCAUCAUCAGUUGCAUUAAGUUAACUGGAUAUAUAUAUUUUUUUUAACUGGCUUGUGAUCUAGUAGUUACGGGGGAAGGAAUGUUUCUUUUAUUGGGGCUCUUAUAUUUCAUGAUUUUAUUUAUGUUUAAUUAUAAAUAUUAUGUUAACAUUUCUUUGACAUUCUCAUUUUUAUACAUUUGCUAAUUUGUCCCUUAUUUGGUCUGCUGUAUGUUAUGCGAAGAGAGAGUUAAUACAAAAACGUAAGGGUGAUAAUGUUGGAAUUACCAGAUUAAUGCUGCAAUCUUGAGAAUCAGUUUAUACACUGAUCACAGUAAUGGCACCCUGAGUGUUUUGGCAUUAGCAGACACACAAACUACAUCAAAACAUGAGACAAACACAAGCUAAUGCUAUGUCAUGCUAACGUUAGUUGUGUUUCAUCCGCCCCUUUCCAUAACAUUGUAAUAAUGUUUAUUACAAACUGGGCGUAAAAAAAAAAAGUGCACUUUCAAUAAAGCAAUGUACAAAUUGUAAACCAGGUGAAUAAUCUGGUUUUGGAGUGGAGUGGACCGUGUGGAUGAAAGAUGGGACUGGAUCCCCCUGUCCCAAAUAAAAUCAAACAAAAACACAUCAACCAU